AUGGCCAAAAUAAUCCUACUUUAUGUAGUAACACUUUUCAUGAUAUUUCCACUCUUUUGGAACCAUGGAAAUGCAACAACUCCUCGCAAACUAGGGACACGUCAUAACGCUGUUACAGGCAUGACAAAUACAGGUGAUGCAACUUUUCGUGGAUUAGGGUUUGCUCGUGAACUAGGGUCACGCAAAAAUACAAAUGAACCGAUUUCUAGUGGAUUAUUAGGACACAAUGAUUCUCCCAUUUCAAGCUCGUUAGGUCAGGGGGAACGCCAGUUUGGGAUUCCAUGCUUGUCAAAGACAAAAUUGUGCGAUAUCAGAUCCUCAGCUCAUUCAACUGAAGCAACUUCUGGUGGAUCAGAAGACCACGAUCCUCCCAUUUCAAGAUCCUCAGCUCAUUCAACUGAAGCAACUUCUGGUGGAUCAGAAGACCACGAUUCUCCCAUUUUAAGAUCCUCAGCUCAUUCAAAUGAAGCGACUUCUGGUGGAUCAGAAGAUCAUGAUUCUCCCAUUUCAAGAUCCUUAGAUCAUGCAAAUAAAGCGACUUCUGGUGGAUCAGAAGACCGCGAUUCUCCCAUUUCAACAUCCUCAGUUUAUGCAAAUAAAGAGACUUCUGCUCAUGCAACUGAAGCAACUUCUGAUGGAUCAGAAGAUCACGAUUCUCCCAUUUCAAGAUCCUCAGCUCAUGCAACUGAAGCAACUUCUGGUGGAUCAGAAGACCGCGAUUCUCCCAUUUUAAGAUCCUCAGCUCAUUCAAAUGAAGCGACUUCUGGUGGAUCAGAAGAUCACAAUUCUCUCAUUUCAAGAUCCUCAGAUCAUGCAAAUGAAGCGACUUCUGUUGGAUCAGAAGACCACGAUUCUCCCAUUUCAAGAUCCUCAGCUCAUGCAAAUGAAGCGACUUCUGGUGGAUCAGAAGAUUGCGAUUCCAUUCUUUCACCAUUUCAAGCUUGCCAACUCAAAUAA